AUGCCCACAGCCGCCACCAUCAUCGGCUCUAGCUACCGAGAAAAAGGUUGGGAUUAUAAUGAAGUCGAGACUCCAAGAUCACCCCGCCAGCGAGACCAGGGUUCUGAAAAAGGUGGCUAUUUUGAGGACUGGGACAGGAACACGGCGAACUUGAAGUCGCGGUGGGAAAGGAACUCGCACUCCGUUAUUGGGAUACCUCCGUCGCCAGGAUAUCGCCCUGCCAGAUCCAGAUCUCUUUCAAUAUCGAGAACCUGGCCAUCAAGCAGUGUCAGCUCAUCCCCUGAAUUCUUCGGGAUAGGGGGUUAUAGUAGCAGCGGUCAGAACAUGAAUCGAGAAUAUCUCCCUCAUAAUUUUGGGGGAUACGUCGCUGUCGAUUCUCUCCAUUAUUACCCCGAAAACGACCUUCGAAUGGGCCUUCAAAGGUUGGGUCUAGCAAGCACCUCCGCCUUACCCGAUCCCAGCACAAACCGCACCCGACGUAAAGCAGCAGGAAACAUAGGGAGAAGAAGCAAGUCUUCCCUUGGUAGGGCAGAGUCACCUGUUAGGCCCCAAUACAAAGAAGUCCACUGCCUUAUCCUCACUUGGCCCUUCCACGACCUCCGCGCCGAUGAUUACACCGACCUGCUAGCAGUCGAUUACGUCUCUCUUGAAGACGAGAGCGAGCUCUUGAUCAAAACCCUCAAGGACUACGGCUGGAAAGUCUCCGAGUAUCACAUCGACAUGAACCGGCCCAUCGAAAGAACCACCGCCAGACUCAACAAUUUCUGCCAGUUAGCCGCCGACGAUGUGUUGUUGGUGGUCUACUACCACGGCCAUGGCUCCCUCAGCAAGGACAGCGAGCUGGUUUUUAGCAGCCACGACCACCCUGAAAACUCUGAGUGGGCCAAGAAGGCGGCCGCUGAUUUGUAUUCUGAGCUGCUGUCCUGCCAGAACAGUAGGCACGGGCAGAAAAAGGCAGCCUCUAGGGCCCUGAUGAAGUACGAGCGCUACCGCCCAAUAUCCAACCUCCCCUGGUCCACUCUCCGCCAACCCCUUCUCACCUGCCCCUCUGACGUGUUCUUUAUCCUGGACUGCUGCGCCGCGGGGGGAGCCAACCUCCCCUCUUCUUUUUCCAGCCCCCAAUCAAACACCUACACCAAGCACCUCUUCGCCGCCUGCGGCUUCGAGUCUUCCACUACAGACGAUAUGACGGCCACUUUGUGCUCCAUUCUAGACGAAAACGCCACUGCUGGCAACAACGGAACUGUUUUAACAACCAAACGACUGCACCAGCUCAUGGAAGAAAGGCUGCAGAAGAAGAGCAACGAGAUCGGGACCAGCCAGCCUAUCUUCAAGCAGCUACUUCCGUUGGAUCCGGAAAGGAAGAUACACUUGCCUAAAUUAACGGUGAUGGGAAAUUAUAAGGGUAGGAGGGGAAGGCGGAGCAGAAGAGGCACUCAGGGUCAUGCGAGCAUGAAUGUGGUCUUGCGAGGCUGAAAUCACGACUCCUUCCGGCGCAAAAAUAGUCAGUUAACAGAGAGCGGGGCUGGGACAAGUGACGAGA